AUGCUCACCGGCAUCCUAUCGCGCCUCCGCCUAGCAUGGUUCCUUCCGUUCCAAGGAAAUCCAUCCCCAUCGACCAGCCGGGACCCCGAAAUCCCACCCCUCGACAUCGAAGACGAGCCCCUCGAAAUAGCCAUCAUAGGCUGUGGCAUUAUCGGUGCAAUCCUUGCACUAGGCCUCCUGGCCAAAAAUAUCAAGAUCCAGACCUUGAAGCUUGGUGUUGAUAUAGGUCCAGUUAUCGGAUGCGAUGGGAUCAAGUCCCGUGUGCGCGAGCUCAUCCUCGGCGAAGGGGAUCCCGCCUCCUAUCCGCAUUAUACACACAAGGUGGCCUAUCGAGGGCUAGUCCCCAUGGAAGAGGCGACCGCUCGACUGGGCCACUACCGCGCGCACAAUCAGCAUAUGUAUGGUGGUCCUAAUGCGCAUGUCCUUCAUUUCCCUGUGGCCAAGCAGACGCUAAUGAACGUGGUGGCCUUCGUCACGGACCCCAACGACUGGCCUCUUGACCGCAGCAUGUCGCAGCUGGCGACGAAAGAUGAAGUCGCUGGCGCCUUUGCGGUCUGGGGACCGACAGUGAGAGGCAUCAUCGAUUUACUGCCCGUUGAGUUGGAGAAAUGGGGUGUUUUCGACUCACUGGACUAUCCUGCGCCGACUUACUCGCGCGGACGCGUGUGUAUCGCUGGUGAUGCGGCUCAUGCGUCGUCGCCGCAUCAUGGUGCCGGUGCUGGGAUCGGUAUUGAGGAUGCAUUGGCAUUGACUGUGCUAUUAGACAUGGUGCAGUCACGUAUUAAGACUCCAGGCGGACGGAAGGCUGCGGCUCUUCAGGCCGCGUUUGCGGCGUUCAGUACGGUGCGUCGUGACCGAUCUCAAUGGUUGGUGCGAAGUAGUCGUGAGGCUUGUGAGAUCUAUGAGUGGAAUGAUCUGCGGUGCGGCUCCGAUAUGGAUAAGGGGUAUGCUGAGAUCAAACGGCGAUCUCAUAAGAUCUGGCAUUUUGAUAUCGAU